AGCGCUGGCAGCCGAGGAGAGCAAGCCCGGCAGCUGGUCAUCGACCUGGAGACUAGAGGGAAACAGGCUUUUCCUAUAUUCCUCUCCAUCCUGCGGGACACUGGGCAGGAUGACCUUGCGGCCAUGCUGGUCGAGGAGUGCGAAUGCCUGCUGGCGCCGCCACAGCUGCUGGACCUGAGGCCUGUCGAGCUGGCUUUAGGUGGAGAAACGCGUAAGAAAAAUACGAACUUCCCUGAACGUUUUUCUGUCCCGGUCCAAGGUGAGAACGAAAGGCCUCGAAUGCCUUCUGCGCCUGCCCGGGGUUCGGCUGUUGACGAGAGGAACCGCGAUCUGGUUUAUGAGCUGAAAGCGGACCCAUGUGGAUGCUGCCUGAUCCUCAACAACGUCAACUUCAGUAGAGACUCGGGUCUGUCGACUCGAGUCGGCUCCGACGUGGACUGCGAGAAGCUGGAGAAGCGCUUCACGGCCUUGCACUUCGACGUCCUGACUCGGCGGGAUCUCAAAGCUCAGGAAAUGGUUUCGGAGCUGCAGAAGCUGGCACGGCGGGACCAUGGUGCCUUGGACUGCUGCAUCGUAGUGAUCCUUUCCCACGGUUGUCAGACGAGCCACAUUCAGUUUCCCGGAGGCGUUUAUGGAACAGAUGGAAAGCCCAUUCCGAUAGAAAAGAUUGUGAACUAUUUCAACGGGUCCCAUUGCCCGAGUCUGAGAGGAAAGCCCAAACUCUUCUUCAUCCAGGCCUGUGGUGGAGAACAAAGAGAUCGAGGCUUCAUAGUGGAUUGCGAUUCCCCCAGCGAUGAAGCUCCCAGAGGUUCUUUAGAGUCGGACGCGACUCCUUUUCAGGCUCCGGCGGGUAAUGUGGACGAGCCGGACGCCGUAGCCAGUUUGCCCACGCCCAGCGACAUCUUGGUCUCCUACUCCACUUUCCCAGGUUUUGUCUCCUGGAGGGAGGUGUCGAGUGGCUCGUGGUACGUGGAAACGCUGGACAGCGUGCUGGAGCGGUAUGCCCCUUCGGAAGACCUGCUCAACAUGUUACUACGGGUGGCAAACGCCGUCUCUGCCAAGGGGAGGUACAAGCAGAUCCCGGGCUGUUUCAACUUUCUCCGUAAAAAAUUCUUCUUCACCUGCAAAUGA